AAUGGUAGGUGGACACCAAACUGGAAGAGGAAGGAUGAUUAAAAAGGACACAGGAGCAGAUCGAAAGCCAGGAGUGCCAGCAUCUAUUGGUGGCAGCCUUGUGCGCCCUCAUCGUGGCCCUUGUGAUAGCUCUUUGCAUCGUAGCUACCAAAGCAACCGCCGAUGACUCUAGCAAGGCAGCCCCCUCCAAAGGACCAUCAUGCAGUUCUCCUUACAAACAGGACACAAAACUCCCCAAAGACCCUUCUGUCUUCCAAGAUUUAUCUCCAGAUGAACUUCAUGCUGUCCGAGAUUAUUUAAUGAAGCAAUCUUCCUUAAAUCUGACUGCCCAUGGAAAGUCGACGAUGGAUUCAAACUUUAUUUAUCUCAUCGAACUUUACCUGCCAAACAAGAAAGAUGUCCUUGAUUAUUUAGAUAACAACGGCAAAAUGCCGGCAAGAAGAGCAAGGGUGAUAAUAGUUAAUGGUGGGAAAUCUUCACCAGAUGUCGAAGAAUACCUCGUUAGUCCUCUGCCAACACCAUCCACACAUCAAAGAUUGUAUCUUGCACACCGGGCCAAUCCAGUUCCUUUUUCAUCAAGACCAUCUACUGGGAAGGAGGAUGACGAAUUUGAUAAAAUCUUAAAGGAGGUGACCACAAAGUGCUACGUUGUUCUGAAAGAAAGUUUUAAUUUGUGGUACGGAGAAAACUGCUCAAAGAAUUGCCUCAGAACGUAUAUCGAUGGAACCCCAGCUGCAUUUCGCACAGGCCAAAGGAAAACUUGGGCUAUUUUUUUUAAGGAUGUGAUUGGCUAUGAUUUGCAUCCAGUUCCAUUUGAAGUUCUUGUCAACCAUGCUGACAGUGAUGUCAAAAAGUGGCAAGUGGAACAGAUCUACUACCACAACCAAUAUUUCAAGUCUGCUGCCGAAUUGGUUCAGAAGUAUAGGCAAGGCACCAUCAACAAGACAGUUUUAACCUUCACUAGUAGCCAAGAUCUGUCUGCCAGUUUUCGCCGACGUGGAAAGUCAUUCCUGAAAUCACCAAUGCGAGAGCCAACCUUGGUCAGUCCUCAAGGCAGGCGCUUUGAUGUAGCAGGAAGAAAGAUAAGCUACAUGGGUUGGGAUUUCCACUUUGGAAUGCGUUCUUCUGCGGGUCCCGCGCUUUAUGAUAUUCGUUUUAACAAUACUCGAAUUAUGUAUGAACUAAGCAUGCAAGAAGCAACUUCUUUUUAUUCUGCCAACGAUCCCCGACAAAGUAGUGCACAAUAUUUCGACUCAGCGUUUCGCAUCGGCUCAACAAACUACGAGCUAAUCAAAGGUAUUGACUGUCCUGAAGAGGCUGUAUUCUUUGACAGCUACCAUUUUGUAGACACUGCAAAUGCUGCGAAGCAUCCAAAGUCGAUAUGCGUUUUUGAGAUCAACAACGGAAUUCCCAUUCGAAGGCACAUUGGCUUCGACAGUGCGUCGUCUUUUUCCUACGUAGCGGGUCUGGUUGAUAGCGCUCUUGUUAUUAGAACAGUCCUAACUCCGCAAAAUUAUGAUUAUAUCAUUGAUUUUAUAUUUUACCAAACUGGUGCCGUGGAAACGAGACUGAGUACGUCUGGUUACAUUAUCGCCAGCUCUUAUUACCCGACCGAGGCUCCAUAUGCCUACGAAUCUUUGCCCCGGACACAGGGAACUAUUCACGAUCAUAUCAUCCUGUUUAAGGCUGACCUAGACGUUGUGGGAACCAAAAAUAGUUACCAGACUCUCGACGUCCAAACAAAGAACGUCAGCGUGCCCUGGAAUGACGUUGGCUACUUGAUAAAGAAGCAGGUUGUCCGUAACACGAAGAAAACAGAGAAACAAGCCUUACUCAAUUACAAUUUCGAUCAUCCUAAGUACUUAGUUGUCCACAAUGAGAACGCGAAAAACAAAUAUGGAAAUCCUCGAGGUUAUCGAUUGCAGUUAGAUUCGAUGGUGAAGCAAAAGUACCCGGAUGACUAUUUUGUGACAAAAGCCGCCGCAUGGUCAAAGUACCAAUUGGCGGUGACAAAGUACAAAGAUGGAGAGCGGUAUGGUUCGUCGAUAUACAAUCAACAUGGAAUGGACCCCCCUGCUUUUGACUUUGAUGAGUACGUGAAAGAUGACGAGAACAUCGAGAACCAGGAUUUAGUUGCAUGGGUCUCUCUGGGGUGUUUGCAUGUACCAAAUACGGAGGAUAUACCAGUAACCGUUACUCCUGGUAACCGCUUUUCUUUCUUUGUCCGUCCCUAUGGGUAUUUUGAUGAGGAUCCAUCUAUGAGCUCGACCAAUGCAGUUAUCGUAAGCACUGAUGGAAAAGGUGGAACAAAGGUUGAAAAAUACGGAACUCCGGACGAUAGCAGUUGCCCUGUUCCUAAAAGAACAAUCACUUUUACGCCAAACCCUUAGCGACUCGUAGAAUAUUAAAACCUUAUCCUACUUGUUGGAUGGGGUAGUUUUAAUCUGGACAAUUCCAUUUUAAAGAUUCGUAGUUUUUUAGAGUUUGAAUAAAGCUAUUCGCUCUAGAUAAAGAAAUACAUUUUUAAGCGUUUUCGAUGGGAGUAAGACACCUUACAUCUUGUAUACUAUCUAUUCAGAGCAUUUGCGAACGUCUGGUAUAGUUAGUUAUAUUAACUAUCUAUCCACUAUUUUUACAUAGUUUCAAGUUAUUUGCAUUGCGUAGUUUUUCUUUGCCUGUUAGUAGUUGCCAAAAGGAAAAUAUUUCAAAAUUACAAUAAACUAAUAAAUUGAAAUGGGCGACGAAGCAACCUCAAUCCAGUAAUGCAAUCUACUGAAGAGAAUACCAAGAAGACACACGAUCAGAGGUGCCGACAGCUUCAAUGAUGUGGCGGGGGCAGGAACUGCAGAAAGAGCACCUUGGGGUGUCAAACUUUGCUGCUGAAACAGAUCGGGAAUCGUCGUUAAGCGAAAGAUGAAGCCAGGUUGAAGGUCAAAGGAGAGAGGGUGGGGGGUCUGCAGGCGUAACUCUAGGGAAAUUUUGCGUUGUUACGCCCUAAAGACUCUCAGAAAUAGGGGCAACACCCAUGAAAAUUUACAUUUGAAUCAAGACUCACUCAAACUUCAUUCUCGAAAUUUUUAUCACCUCAAGGGAGACUGGACCCAAUCCUACCGUACAAAAAAACAAAAAUUUGUUCUGAUGACCAUCUGCAUGGCUUGAUAUAACUUUUGGAUUUAACUCCUCUGAACAAACUGUUUUUUCUUUCUUUAUUUAAAGUUGAUACAAUCUGUAGCUAUAUUCAAGCCAAAUAAAGCCAACUAAUUCAAAUCACCAACACUAAGUAUGAUUUAAAUCAUAUUCAACUGAUGUUACAUACAAAUUUCUUGCAAAAAUCACAAGUACAAUUGAACGAUAAAAA